CUGCGGCGUCGUCGGCUGCCCGGCCGGCGCCCGAGUUAGAUUGAAACGUUGGCCCUAAUGUGAGCAGUAGUGCGCGUGUGGAGGGGUGUCGCCGUCGCCGUCGCCGUCGCCGGGGGGGAGGAAAAUUGGAGGGGCGGCGCGCAUCUCGCGUCUGGCGCGUCGCACGUCAGCUGCCACUCAAGCGGACACACGCGCUCCGCCGAGCCGCCGGCUUACAAGUCAUUUCCAGGCGCCGUCCUGCGUCGCGGCGCCUCCACUCGUCCCAGACUUCUUUACAUUUCCCCGCACGAGGCAGUUUACUCCGGGUGCUCCUAUGGUUUACGAUGUUCAGUCGGUACUCGACCGGCCACUUGUACGCGCCUGACAUUUUUUUUCGGAACAGAGAAUAACUCGUUUAAGGGAAGGACGCUAGUGCGUGAGGGAGUAAAGACGUGGAGGUCUCGGGCUGUCGGAUGAGAAUGCCACAAAUUGUGCUCUCGCCCAGUUUUUCUGCAACCACUAGCUGAAUAACUGCAAAUUGACUGGGCUCAGCUGUGGUGGCAGACGGGUCGAGAAAUAAAAGAGAAAACGAUGGCUCGAGUCUGGGCGCGGCUGUAGCGAGGGGCGGAAGUGCAGUGCUAGGACUGUCGUGAUGGCACUGGACACGGAGGGCCGCGGCGAGGCGGCGGGGCUGCCCUUCUCGGUGGCCAACAUCCUGCGGCCCGACUUCGGCCGGCGCUGCGUGCGCCUCUUCCGGCCGCACGAGGCGCUGCCCCUCAUUCCCAGCGUCGCCCCCGCCGCCCCCAAGAAGCCGGUGGCACAGCCGCCACCCCCGGUGCCGCCGCCCCCGGUGCCGCCUCCACCGACGCUGCCGACGCCUUCGUUGCCACUGCCCGUGCCGGUGCCGGUGCCGGUGCCGGUUCCGGUUCCAGUGCCGGUGCCGCCCCCGCAGCAGCCGCCGCCUCCGCAGCCUGCGCCGCCCCCGCCAGCCCCCGCACAGGCUCCGACGGCCACCGCCGCCACCACCGCCGCCGCAACCCCCGCCUCCCCCGCCGCAGCCCAGCAGCUGUGGCCGGCUUGGGUGUACUGCACCAGAUACUCGGACAGACCCUCUUCAGGUCCUCGGUCGCGACGGCUGAAGCGCAAAGACAAGAAGCCGGAGGAGAAGCGGCCGCGCACGGCGUUCAGCGGCGAGCAGCUGGCGCGGCUGAAGCACGAGUUCACCGAGAACAGAUACCUGACUGAGCGCCGCCGCCAGGAGCUGGCCAGGGAGCUGGGCCUCAACGAGGCGCAGAUCAAGAUCUGGUUCCAGAACAAGCGCGCCAAGAUCAAGAAGGCCAGCGGCCAGAAGAACCCGCUGGCGCUGCAGCUGAUGGCGCAGGGCCUCUACAACCACAGCACCGUGCCCAUCGAUGAGGAUGACGAGGAGACGACAGCACCGCCCCCGCAGCAGCAGCCGCCGGCGACGGCCCCGCAGACCGGCCCCGGCGUCCUGGCUGCUCCCACAACACCGUGAACCGCCGCGACACUGUGCAGUGACUUGGACUACUGGCAGCAUCAACAAACAUUUUGCAGUAGCAAUAGCAGUGCACCAGCCUGUCAGACAAUUCCGCUGUGCGUCAAGAGGGAGUAACGAAACGAGAACUAAAAAUCCCUCCUGCGCGGACGUUUGAGAAUGAUCUCCCAUUUAAUCCACCGUAGCUACUAAUCGUUGUGGAGUGCAGGUUGCCAUAUUCCUACUGUAUGUGGGAUUUAUCUGAGAAGCUUGUGGCUUAAUUAUAAGUUUAUGACUGGUGUCUUGUGUUCUGUUCACGAGAAUAAUGCUGAUAAUGAGUGAUAGGCAAUUCCAGCAAUGUAAGAAAGUGUGAAAGCUUGGUUUAGUUCAUUUGGUUUGCUCGCUGCCUGUUAUAUUGUCUUUACCUAAAAUUACAUUAUUUAUUUCUGGUAUGCUAGUAGUUGGCUGAAAACGCUCCAACAAAAGAUAGUAGAACAGAUUAAAUCACAUUCAUGUCUAAAUUAUGAGAUAUAUUUUUGAAAUAAUAUAGCAUUAAUUCUGUAAUUAUCCGAGUGAAACAAACAGGUGCUUGUACAUAUCAGUAGAACACUUAAAAAAAGCAGAAAGACACGAUAUUCUCAAUGGUAACCACUGUACCACUGAAAUGUAACCGUGGCCGUUAAACUGUAGAUGCGAUAUUUCCUCGAAGUAAAGGUUUACUGUCGGAGGUCGCUUCAUUGAGAGUAUAAUUGCGCAAAUGAAUUUUUAUUAAAAAGAAAUAAACAUGUAUAUUAUAUUUCAGUGCAACAUGUUUAGUACCGGUAUGUCUCAAGAUGUCUGUGUCUCCAGGCUUCUAGUCCAUUUCAUAAACAAUAUGUUAUCACGUUGAUCAGCUGGUGCACUUACUGGGAAUAAUUAGUUUCCCUCAGACUGUUGGAGGGAAUUUCUAAGGAAUAUAAAAAAAAUCUCAAAUUGCUGCAAGUUGUGAUUCUUCUUCAGUAAUUUUAUUGAGUUUUGUAGUGAAAAAAUAUCUAUUUCCUUCCAGUUUGUGAAAAGGAACAUAUUACCAAAAACAUUUCAUUUAUAACUAUAAACAAUCAUUUUCGUUUGUCUUAUCCGAAAUUAUAGACAAAUAUUUAGUUGAUUUAACACAGUGAUAAACUUAGAAAUGCACUCGUGUUAACAGUAGACAAAAUGUUGUAAGAAAAGUGAAUGCAUGUCAGCGCUGUAGUAUUUAUAUGUAGCAGAGCAAUAAUAUAUGGUGAUUAGUACACUACAUCGCUAAAGAACAAUGCUGGGAAUAAGGCUAACAUUAUCAGCAAUAUAAAUGACAGUAAGUGAAUACGACUUUUUCGUGACAUCCUUAUAUAAUGUAAAUAUAAUUAAAG